AUGGCCGACCGGGCCGACGAACUGGACGCGAUACACGAGGUCGAUGUGACCGACCCCGCCGCGGUGCGGGCCAUCGACGGCAUCGAUCAGAUGGACAUCGUGGUGCAGUCCGCCGGCAUCGUUGGACCCAACGUGCCGUUGCUGGAGACGCCCCUGGACGGCUGGGAGCGCACCCUCACCGUGAACGUCACCGGCAUCUUCAACGUGAUGCAGGCCACUCUGGGCGGCAUGGUCGAGCGGGGUUGGGGCCGGGUCGUGAACAUCGCCAGCAUCGCCGGCAAGGAGGGCAACCCGAACCUCAGCGCCUACUCGGCCAGCAAGGGGGCGGUGAUCGCGGUCACCAAGUCGGUAGCCAAGGAGUUGGCCACUACCGGCGUGAUGGUCAACUCGAUCGCGCCGGCGGUGAUCGCCACCCCCAUGAAUCUCGCCACCGCUCCCGAGGUGCUGGACUACAUGCUCUCGAAGAUCCCCAUGGGCCGCCUGGGCCUGCCCGAGGAGGUGGCCGCGCUGGUGGGCUGGCUCUGCUCGGAGGACUGCUCGUUCAGCACCGGCGCCUGCUACGACAUCUCCGGCGGUCGGGCCACGUACUGA